AUAAGGGUAUUAAUGUCAUUUCAUAUCUCCACACUACUCGAAUUUUUAACGCGUGCAUAUCUUCCUGAACUAAAAACCCUAGCUUCAUUUGUAGGCGGCUUCAGUGGAAGUUAGAUCUUCCCGCUAAAUCGUAAUUGGAGCUGUUUGGUCGGCAAUGGCUCCAAAGCAGCCAAAUACUGGUCUUUUUGUUGGUCUAAAUAGAGGACAUGUUGUAACCAAGAAGGAGUUGGUUCCUCGCCCAUCUGACAGAAAGGGGAAAACUAGUAAGAGAGUCCAUUUUGUGAGGAAUGUCAUAAGGGAGGUUGCUGGCUUUGCUCCUUAUGAGAAGAGGAUUACUGAACUUUUAAAAGUUGGGAAGGAUAAGCGUGCUUUGAAAGUGGCAAAGAGAAAGUUGGGGACCCAUAAGAGAGCCAAGAAGAAGCGUGAGGAGAUGUCCAAUGUUUUGCGCAAGAUGAGAUCAGCUGGAGGUGGAGAGAAAAAGAAGUGAAUUCUGCCUAGAUUUCUCCCAGCAUUAUGAUUAGCCUGUGCACUUUCUAUUUUGGAAGUUGAAAUUUUGUUCAGUUUUUGACUGUAUUUAACGGAAGAUUUCAGCCAUUGAAAAUUUUCAAUUCUACUUGUGUCAUUAAAGUUAGUAUUUUGGAAAUUUUACUCUCUUUUAAAGUUGAGUAAAGAAUUCUGCCUCGUCUUUAAUUCCUAUUUGAAGUUAACUGGAUUUCGACUUUCCGGAUUAAAAACCA